UCCGGGGGAAAUACUUUCCACCCCCUCCCUUUCACUGCCCUCUGCUGCUCUGCACCCCCUUUCUCCCCUUGCACCCUCUUCUCCAGGCCCAAACCACCCUCCUGGUGCACUUUGGCCAACACCGCCCCCCUCCCCCUGCCUGCAGCCCCGGCCACAGUCUCCUGCCAGCCUCCGUCUCCUCUCCGUUCCUCUCUGGCUUCUGCACUUUUUCUGAUCUUCCUCUUUGAGCCCUUGCUGUUUAACCCCUCCCUGCGCGGACACUCGCUGGCCUCACUUCUUCGCCCCCUUCUUUUGUCAGUCCUGUUCUUUAAGCCCCCCCCCCCCUCCACACACACACCCGUCCCCGCUUCUUGUUCUGAUCUUGCACCAAUCCUGCACUUUGCCUUUGCUGCACUUUGCCUUUGCUGUACUGGCACGCUGCCCCCCUUUCUCUUUCCCUCCUCCCCCACCCCUGGCUGCAACCUGGUCCUUGCACUGGUGCAAAACACUGCUGCCUCCCACCGCCCUGCAAUCCCUUCCCACGCAACACAGCCCAUGCCGGUGCCGUCUGGAAACCUUCGCCUCUUGGCUUGGGGCUGAGCCUGCUCCGUCUGGUAAAACCCGAGAUUGCCCGUCGGCAGCUGGCACUGGCUCCGUCUGGACAGAAUGCUGAGUCCUACCUACAAGCAGCGCAAUGAGGAUUUCCGCAGGAUCUUCAAAGGGUUGCCUGAAGCUGAACGGCUCCUUGUGGAUUACUCCUGUGCGUUACAGCGUGACAUCUUGCUUCAAGGGCGGCUCUACCUGUCAGAGAACUGGAUCUGCUUUUACAGCAACAUCUUCCGAUGGGAGACCACGAUCUCCAUCCAGCUCAAAGAUGUGAAAUGCCUCAAGAAGGAGAAGACGGCCAAGCUGAUCCCCAACGCGAUUCAGAUUUGCACCGAGAGUGAUAAGCAUUUCUUCACCUCGUUUGGUGCCCGCGACCGUUGCUUCUUGCUGAUCUUCCGCCUCUGGCAGAAUGCGCUCCUGGAAAAGCCCUUGUCUCCUCGAGAGCUCUGGCACAUUGUCCACCAAUGCUACGGCUCCGAACUCGGCCUCACCAGCGAGGACGACGAUUACGUUUCUCCCGUCGAUGAGAUCAAUGGCUUGGGAAGCCCGAAAGAGAUUGGGGACGUCAUCGAUCUGAGCGACUUGACUUCCCGCUGCAGCGCGGACCUCAAGCUGGACACCAGUCCCCUACUGGACAAAAGGGACGCCAGUCAGAGCAUCAACUCGCUGGCCAGCAGCAGUGAUGGGACCACCUCGCUGGCAGAGGACCCAGAGGACAAUACUGACAGCCAAGUGGACGCCUCGUCAAGCCACACAGUGACCUCAGCGACAGAACCCCCCCAGGACGAUUUGUCGCGAGGGACGCCAAUCUCCCCCCUGGAGGGGGACCCCCCUCCCAGUGAGGAGCUCCCCACUGAUGUGAGCAACUCCUCCUCCUCCACGCAGGAUGAAGCCGAGGUGGACGCCUUCUUUUCGGAUCUCCCAGGCCGGCUACUCAUUAACGCCGUUUAUCACGUCGGGGCCGAGAAGCUGCAGCAGAUGCUAUUCAGCGACUCCCAGUUCAUACAUGGCUUUUUGGCCCAGCGCAAGUUCACAGAUGUGACGCUGACUUCGUGGACUGGAGACAACAAAUGCCACCAAAGCCGCGUCAUCUCCUACACCAUCCCCAUCAACAACCCGCUGGGCCCCAAGGUGGCGGCUGUGGUGGAGACCCAGACUCUGUUCCGUGCCAGUUCCAAGACCGGGGGCUGUGUGGUUGACUCAGAAGUGAUCACACAGGGCAUCCCCUACCAGGACUACUUCUACACAGCACAUCGAUAUUGCAUCACAGCAGUGGCCAAGAGCAAGGCCCGACUCAGAGUUUCCUCUGAAAUCCGGUACCGGAAGCAGCCAUGGAACCUAGUCAAGGCGCUCAUUGAAAAAAAUGCUUGGAGCGGUGUCGAGGACUACUUCCAACACUUGGAGCUGGCGCUGGUGCAGGCAGAGAAGGCCCUGCUAGAAGAGAGCUGCCACAGCAAAGAGCCGCGGGGGCUUUUGUCCGGACUGCGCCGCAGGAAACGUACCCUGAGCUGGAGAGCCCCCCAUGUCGACCCCCCGAUCCCCACGUUAACUGAUGGCGAGGGGACGACCCGCACCAUUCGGCCCUCAGGGAGCCUGACCUCCCGGCUUUCGGAGCAGCUGUCAGAACAAGUGCAAGGCCAGACUGUCUCCACCGUGAUCCUCAUCAUCAGCCUAGUCCUGGUGAUUCUGGUCAUCCUCAACAUGAUGUUGUUCUACCGACUCUGGUCUCUGGAGCACACAGCCCGAACCUUUGAAUCCUGGCAGGCAUACGCGCUCUCCAAUGGCAGAAAACUACCCCAGACAGCGUCUGAAUGGGCCGAGAUCCUGGAGCUGCAGAAGCGGUUCCACAGCGUGGAGGUGCAGAAGUGGAAACAGAUCCUCAAGGCUUCAGUGGAGCUUCUAGACGAGAUGAAAAUCUCCCUCGAGAAGCUGCACCAGGGCAUCACGGUGGCUGAACCCCCCUUGGAGCCGGAGUGACCCUGCAACGACUCCCCCCUCUUGAGGAUGUCGCCGGGCUUUGGGAGAAGAUUCCGGACCCGUCUCAGAAACUGCUGCUGGAUCAGUGGCGCCCAGACUCUCUGGGUGUGUGCGUGGG